AUGGGUAAUAUCAGAGCCUUGUUGGCCACGGCUGCCUUGGUUCUACUAGUCUCGGGAGAUUCUACAACGAUCCGGGAUGGCAGAUAUCGAGCCAAUGUGGGCAAACCAGGGACUAAAGCGAUUGUUCCAAGAUCCUUCAUUGUUGAGUUGGACCCAAACACAGUUUCGAGCAGCCCAGCAGCACACCUUUCCAAGUAUAGUAGUGUCUCAUAUACACUACGCCAUGAGUUCAACAGCUCCGAGAUAUUUUAUGGCUUGUCCAUCACACUGCCGGAUGGGACGAGUCCCAAUGAUUUGAAGAGUGUACCAGGUGUUUCCAGCAUUUCGCCCGUACAUAUUGUGCCCCGUCCUGCGCCCGCUAAUGGUACUUACUCGGGGCCUUUGUCAACUCCCAAGUCCAACACCAGUAUUCCGCAUGUAACAGGCACCUCUGAUAUCACCCACACACUGAAGAUGGGCAACGUCGACAAGCUACAUUCUCAAGGUAUUAAGGGCCAAGGAAUCAAGAUUGCCGUGAUUGAUACGGGCGUUGACUACACGCACCCCUCCUUGGGAGGUGGGUUUGGCCCAGGCAAUAAAAUAGCCUUCGGGACGGAUCUUGUGGGCGACGCCUACACUGGCGCAAACACCCCAGUGCCUGAUGACGACCCUCUGGCUACUUGCACCACGGGUUUCCACGGCACUCACGUUUCAGGAAUAAUCGGCGCUGUCGAUGCUCCUGGGACCGGGUUUGGUCUGGUGGGCGUUGCACCGGAGGCCACACUGGGAAUGUACCGUGUCUUUGGUUGCGAAGGAAAUGCUGGCACGGAUGUUAUUAUCGAUGCGAUUCAGAAGGCAUCUGGAGAGGGCGUCGACAUCAUUACUAUGUCCAUUGGCUCCCUAGUGUACUACGAAGCCAACAGCCCCUACACAACCGCGGUCCAAAAUGCCAUCGCCAAAGGUAUCGUUGUCAUCGCUUCGGCAGGUAACGAUGGCCAGUAUGGCCCCUUCGCCGUAUCUGCACCCGCCGUGGACCCAGGAGUGGUGUCUGUAGGAAGUAUUGAGAAUGACAUAUAUCCAGCUGUGUAUCAUGCAGAAGAUAGCAGCGGGCACACUAUCAACUACUUGUCUACCAUAUCUUUUACCGCAACCGAUGCCUUCACCAUCUACCCCUUAGGUCUUGGCCUUACAGUGCCUCCGGACACACCACUUGGAUGUUUCUUUGAUGCUUGGACUGCUGCCACAGCACCCGGUGCUAUACAAGACCCAGAGCAUACCGCUAUAUUUCUUCCAGGAAGCGACCUCUGCCCGCUCGGUGACUUUAUAGAUCAGAUUCCGCAGACCAAUGUGACUCGAAUUAUCAUCUCUGCAUCUGAUGCUGAUCAGCCUGUCAUUUACAAUCCCCCAGGGCUUGCUAACAACAUCACAAUUAUACUGCUUGAUGUCCCAUCAUCGCAACUCGUUGGCAAAGGAGUCUCUGAUGCGCAGGCUGCUGGCAAAAAUUAUACUCUGUUAUUUAAAGACAAGAAUGUCUAUGAUGCCUCCAGCCCUGAGGGCGGCUCAGUUGACUUCUUUUCCACUAUUGGUCCUUCCAUUGAAGGAAGUCUUCAACCGUCACUCUCAGCCCCUGGCGGUAGUAUUUUGUCCACUUAUCCAGUCAGUGGUGGCGGAUACGGCGUAUUCUCUGGUACUUCUCAAGCGGCGCCAUUUGCAGCCGGCUGCUUCGCAUUGCUCAAGUCUGCCCGCCCCGAACUCUCAUCCACUGAAAUGGUCUCAAUAAUGCAGUCGACAUCAAGGCCAUUGGCCAGUCAGAGUGAUGUCCAAGUGCUUUCAUCAACUGGACAACAGGGUGGUGGACUCAUUGACUGCUUCUCUGCUGUCCAGGCUGAAUCGAUUGUGACGCCCUCUCAACUUAGCUUGGGGGAUACUCCCUCUCCCAAGUCGCAAACCUUGAGCGUCAGGAAUCUUUCAAAAAAAUCCAGCAAGUCGUUCACUGUCUCACAUGACCCAGCGGCUUACAUACGCCUGGUUACGAACCUAACUGGGGGAGACUUUUAUUGGUACGAACAGUUUGCGCUCCAUAAUGAGAAGAAAUACGCUGGGGCAUCUUUCUCGUACACACAGUUUGUUCUAGCUCCAGGCCAGUCUAUCGACUUGGAAGUCAAGCUAUCGCCACCAAAAGAAAACGCAGACUUGGAGAUCACACUGCCGACUUACUCAGGCUUCGUGCGAAUUGAAGAAUCUAGCGUCAAACACACAGUCCCUUACAUCGGAUUACCGUAUUCGCGUUACAGCGCCAAAGAUAUUCUCCCAGCCAACCUUACCGCCGCAUUUGGGGAAGAUUUACCUGCAGCUUUUGACAACAAUCUCCACGAGCCCGACGUGGACUUUAGGGUAUUUCAGCUACAGGAUCCAACCGGUACUUCCCCAAUAUCCGACAUUGGGUUUCCCUAUAUAUCUUUUUUCAUCUCGCAGCCAUCAAUUUACACUCGUGCUGACUUGGUGCCCAUCAACACUACCUUUGUGCCGACCCGUUAUGGUUUCAAUACGUCCAUAAUCUUCGAUCCAAACGAAAACCCGCCAAAGCUACCUCUUGGCAAGGGAUUCUUCGGUGUGCCAUCCUAUAUCAACUUGGGAGAAUGGGCUAGCACAAGUACAGUACCUGACGGCCCUAGUGCUGAUGAAGAUGUGACUUUUGCUCCUGGGCCGUAUCUUUUUGCAAGCUACGCAGUUGUCACCGGUAUAGGUUACACAGGACCUGGGGGCACACGCGGGUUGAACAUCACAGGAGGAGAUUAUCGCGUGCUGCUUCGAAGCCUGAGAUAUGGUGGCGACAUUAAUAACCCUAAAGACUAUAUCUCGUGGCUAGGGCCCGUGAUGAGGAUUCUUCCAUUCGUGCCCUCUAACUAA